AGGUGGUGCUUUUUGCCCUUACCCGCCGCCAUGGCUGUUUCCGGUCGUUCUGGUUUUCUUUACGUCAUCUGGAUUAGGUGCGGCAGCGUUCACGGGUUGACAUGGCAUCUAGCAUAGGGAUUUCAACCUUGUGAGUGGAACUUUGUUCUGAAGGCUCUGGGAAUCUUGUUUUCGUGAGGAUUUUGUUUUGAUUUGAUGGGGGGGAGAGGAUCUAAAGAGGACGGGAGGCGGAGUUUUAGAUCUGCUGAUUCUUUCCGUAGUGGAGGCUACGCUGAAGAGCAAUAUUCGAUGCCGCGGUAUGGAGGGGACGUGUCGGGCUAUCAGGAGUAUUUGACUUCGACUACGAGCUAUGGUGCUCCUCAGGCAACAGGGUAUUCUCAGCCAUAUUCGGCUCCUCAGGCUUCUGCCACCAGGCAAACUCGGAAGUUGGAUCGGAGGUAUUCAAAGAUAAGUGACAACUACAAUUCAUUGGAGGAGGUGACUGAAGCUCUUGGUCGUGCAGGUCUUGAGUCUUCAAAUCUUAUUGUGGGUAUUGAUUUCACAAAGAGCAAUGAGUGGACAGGCAGAUUCUCUUUCCAUAAUCGCAGUUUGCAUCACCUUGGCGAUGUUCCAAAUCCCUACGAACAUGCACUUUCUAUUAUUGGACAAACAUUAUCAGCUUUUGAUGAGGACAACUUGAUUCCGUGCUUCGGAUUUGGCGAUGCUUCAACACACGAUCAGGAUGUUUUCAGUUUCUUUUCGGAUGAGAGGUCGUGUGUCGGGUUUACAGAAGCUUUGUCUCGCUACAGAGAAAUUGUUCCGCAUUUGAGAUUGGCAGGCCCGACAUCUUUUGCGCCAAUCAUCGAAAUGGCCAUGACUAUUGUUGCACAAAGUGGUGGACAGUACCAUGUUCUAUUGAUCAUUGCUGAUGGGCAGGUAACCCGAAGUGUAGAUACUCAAUCUGGCCACUUGAGCUCACAGGAGCAGAGAACUGUUGAUGCUAUCGUCAAGGCCAGUGAAUUUCCACUGUCCAUUAUUUUAGUUGGAGUUGGAGAUGGCCCUUGGGAUAUGAUGAGGGAGUUUGAUGACAACAUACCUGAUCGUUCCUUUGACAAUUUCCAGUUUGUAAAUUUUACUGAGAUCAUGUCUAAGAAUACGCAUCAAAAAAGAAAGGAGACAGAAUUCGCUCUUGCAGCAUUAAUGGAAAUUCCUACUCAAUAUAAAGCCACAAUUGAGCUUGGAAUCUUGGGUAAUUCAGCAAGGUCUCCUCAAAGAUUCGCCUUACCCCCGCCUAAUGGAACCCAUUCAGCAGCAGCCUUUGGCUCCAAAUCUUUUCAAUCAACCACUUUUCAGAAGAGUUCCUCAUCUUACCCUGCAUUUGAUUCACCAACUAGCUCUGCUCCAUUUGCCUCAAGCGCUUCAUCGGAUAAUCAUGUUUGUCCAAUUUGCCUUACGAAUCCGAAAAAUCUGGCCUUUGGGUGUGGGCAUCAGACGUGCUAUGACUGCGGACAGACCCUGGUAAAUUGCCCAAUUUGCCGCAGUGAAAUUGUAACCAGAAUAAGGCUUUACUAAGGCUGGCUCUGCCUGAACAAAAAGUCUUAUUGGUUGAAAUAAAGCAGCUGUUGCAGAAUCCCCCUCAAAUUCUUGGUUCUUUCAUUGGUUUCGUUGACUGAUUUGUUGAUCCAAGUGUUCAAUAGUUCCUUAUUCUGUUUGUUUAGUGUAAUUCAUUUAAUGAGAAAGGUGUCUUUGAUGUCUGUAAUGCCUUAUUGAUCUGUAGAUGUUUAUGUUUGUGUGGCAGCAUCCUGUACAUAUAUAACUCAUCCAUCUCUGCUUCCAUUUUGAUUCAUUUGAAACAAUCUUUGUUGAUUUGGAGAAGGCUUUGUUGUUUGA